AAACUUAUUCUUCAUGAUGUCAACUAAUGAAUCAAUUUAUUAAUUUAAGGUUUUGACAGAGUGCAUCUGAAUCAGAUAAUCUGAUGAAUACUUAGAGGGGUGGCUCGGUAGACUAGUGUGUGUGGGUCAUCUCAGCCUCAGCGUCAGAGCCUCGCCCGCCCCGACUACACGUCCCAGCAUGCAGUUCGGCGCGCAUUCAGAGAUUUUACAUACGGGAUCAGCUGAGCUCCGGGGCUUCGCUCCUUGCGAGCUGCCAGCGGCUCAGGAUCGGAGCAGCUCCGGGCGGCUCGCCGUCUGCCCGUCGUCCGGCUCGGCCGUUCUUUCCAACCCGGAAAAGUGGAACCUUUUUUUUAAAUCCAACGCUGGAAAGGACCCUGACAGCUCCUCAAGCCCGCCGUGGAUUGCUCUGGCUUCACGCCUCUGUGUAGCGCUUGCGCUUCUUCAGAUGGAGCGGAGGACCUGGAGGAGGUUUCUCCCGUGAUCUGCUCGGUUCGGAGUUCACCUGGACUGCAGGGAGCGCGUUAACCCCCCCAUCCACCUCCUGCCAGGGGGGUGAUACUAUGUCCAGACGAAAACAGACCAACCCCUUCAAAGUUGACUGGCCAUUCCACACUUUGGGCUUAUCGGGACUCAGGCACACCAUUAACAUGGAUGGCAGGGAUGAAUUCAGCGAGGACGGCGAAUGCUGCAACAACAACGACUCGCAGGAAGCCCAGGGACAGGACAGCCUCUCAGGGCUGUGUUUGCCUCCAUAGAAGAAAGUGAUAGCGACCCCGACAACCACGGCGAAGACUCGUCCUCCAACGCCUCCGCCGACGACCACAUGACCGCCAACAGAGCGCAGUGCCGCCUUCAAGGAGCGGGCGUCAAAGUGGAGAGUGACGACGGGGCUGACCACAGCAACAACUUUAUCUGUCCUCUGUGCACGCUGGACUUCAGCAGCCCCGAGAGACUCAUUUCUCAUGUCUACCAGCAUACAAGCAUGAUGAGCAACGCCAAGAGCUUCGUGUGCCCAGUGUGUGGGCGAGCCCUGAGUUCUCCUGGCUCGCUCGGACGGCAUCUUCUCAUCCACUCCGAGGACCGCCUCUCCAACUGCGCCGUCUGUGGCGCACGCUUCACAGACACCAGCAACUUUAACAGGGAAAAGCUAAAAGAUGUCCUCGACACGACCAGGAUGGACGUCGCCGGUGGAAGGGAUUCCUGCUCCAUGUCCCAGUCCCUCUCCAGCAGCCCCAUGAGCAGCCCGGGCUCCAGCACGCACUCCUGCCACGGACCGGGCCCCGGCCCCGGCCCCAGCUCCUGCCAGGGCCCGCACCCGUGUCAGGCUGCCGACCCCGCCCCCGGCCUCUGUCACAGCCACCGCUCCUGCCAGGCCUCCAGCCACAUCCCAACCCAGUGCCACGGACCCAGACCGUGUCACGGGUCAGGCCCCGCAUGUGGACCGUGCACGGGGUCCGACCAGGGGCCCUCCUUCCCCUCGCUGCCCGACGGGCUCCUGUCCGAAGGCCCGUCGCUCGCGUCCAUCCCCGACGCCCUGAACUCCUCCUCUUCGGCGCUUCCUCCCAUCCCCGACAUCCUGAACCCGAUGCCCGUGUACCCCGCCGGCGUGCUGCUGGUGUGCAACAGCUGCGUGGCCUACCAGCAGCUGGCGGAGGAGCAGUCCCCCAUGCGGAAGUGGGCCCUGCGCCGCAAGAACGAGCCCCUGGAGGCGCGGCUGCAGCGCCUGGAGCGCGAGCGCACGGCGAAGAAGAACAAGCGCGCGUGCGAGACGGACGAGGAGCGGGAGCUGAGGCGGCUGCGGGACCGCGAGGCCAAGCGCAUGCAGCGGAUGCAGGAGACGGAGGAGCAGAGGGCGCGGCGGCUGCAGAGGGACCGCGAGGCCAUGCGCCUGAAGCGGGCCAACGAGACGCCGGAGAAGAGGCAGGCCCGGCUGAUCCGCGAGAGGGAGGCCAAGCGCAUCAAGCGGCGGCUGGAGAAGAUCGACCCCGCCCUCAGGACGCAGAUCGAGCACGACCCCGCCGCCAUGGCCGCCCUGACGGCAGACAUGAGCCUCUUUCAGUUCCCCUGCCCCAUGCCCGUCCCUUCCAUGGACAACGGCCUCUUCAUGAAGCUGCCGUAACGGCGCUCUCCUUUUUACAAACGCUCCCUGACCUGUGCCAUCAGGCUGCCGUGAUCACAGCAAACCAUCUCACUUCUAAUUUAUUGCCGUCUAUAAAACCCUGGGAACAGGGUUGAGAAUGUUUCCUACUCUUAAGAGCAUGUCGUGAAGAGAUUUCUCUGUAGUUGGGUGGACUCUCAGAUUUAGCAGUAAUUUCUUAGUGGGAGCAGCUACUCUUGCUUCGAAAAGGGAGACAAAAAAAAAAAAAAAAAAAAAA